AUGGAAGAUCACUCUGAAUCAUCUGAAGAUGAUGAUGACCUCAUCGAACCAGCAGACGAGGUGAUCAUCUCAUAUUAUCUGAAAAUGAUGAUGAACAACAGCAAAUCCUGGCCUAACCACUUCCUCAGAGACGAAUACGCACACGUGUACAACCUGAAUCCUAACUACUUCGUCAAAACUCAGAGCCCUAACUACUUCGUCUUCGUCAAACGCCGAACAGAGGCUUGUGGUAAAACCGACGGAUCCGAAUCGGGUUGCUGGAGAAUCAUGGGUCGUGAUAAACUCAUCAAGUCUGAGGAGACCGGGAAGAUUCUAGGGUUCAAGAAGAUUCUCAAGUUCUGUGAUAAGGAGAGGAAACGAGAAGAAGAAGACGAGGAUCAGGGAAUCUGGGUGAUGGAAGAGUAUAGCCUCGUCAGUAAAUGGAAGCAAGAUCAAGUGAUCUGCAAGAUUCGUCUUCUGCUCCAACCCGAGGUUACUUCCUUGCUCGCCAAGCAAUUCUCCUUGUUGACCAAAUCGAUGAUAUCGCCGUUUUCUCGGAGGCGUUUGAUGCCGAGGUGGGAUUUUUGGGCAACGAACGUACCAAGGGAUGAAAUAAUCACAAUCUAUCUGAAGUUGUUUCUCGGUGAUAAUCGAAACGAGUGGCCUAGACCACCUUUCCUGCGAAGCGAGCAAGUGUACGGUGUGGAGCCAUGGAGGAUUGUGUGGCCUCUUCAUACCCUCUUCGUCCUACACAUGGGACACUACUUCUUCGUCAACAAGACAGAGACUAGUGGUAGAACCGAUGGAUGCGAUGGCGGUUGCUGGAGGAUAAUAAGACAUGACAAAGUGAUCAUCUCGAAGAGGACCAAAGAGGUUCUUGGAUUCAAGAGGUUUUACAAGUUCUAUUACAGCGAGAAACCAAAAUUUGCAAAACCGGUUUUCAAGUUUGAAGAAGAUGAGAAUAAGAAGGUGGCUUGGGUAAUGGAAGAGUAUAGGGUUACUGAAGAGAGUAUGCAAGGUAAAGUGAUUUGCAGGAUUAGGCUUCUCUUCGCACAAGCACUAGAUUACUUGAUUCGAGAUGCAGCAAUAUAG